AUGGACUUAGACACCCUGCACGAUUUACAGGUGGAGGUAGAUCCUUCGUUCUGUAGGAAGCUUUUGGUUAGAUCCACCCUGGCUAAUGUAUUUUUGUUUUUUAUUUCAGGUACAGGAUCUAACGCUCUCUUGAGGACUCCAGAUGGACAACAGCAUGGCUGCGGUGGAUGGGGAUAUCUAUUGGGAGAUGAAGGGAGCGCAUACUGGAUCGCACAUAAAGCAGUGAAAACAGUCUUCGAUGACGUUGACGGACUUCAGCCAGCCCCCCACCCAACAGACAGAGUUUGGGAAGUGAUAAGAGAACAUUUUGACGCAGACACGAGAGCAGACCUCCUGCCACACGCCUACAAACAUUUCGACAAGUCUAUGUUUGCUGGUGUAACAUCAAAACUAUCAGCCCUAGCAUACAAGGGCGAUGACCUCUCCCUCCACAUAUUCGCGUCAGCUGGCGCCGCACUAGCUUCGCACGCGGCCGCGCUCGCGACACGGUCGAGCGCGCCGCGACUGCGGGUCGUGUGCGUCGGGUCCGUUUGGAAGAGCUGGGAUAUACUCAAGCCAGGGGUUCUCAAACAGCUGGCUAAGAGACGGGUUACCACAGAGCUUGAAUUAGUAAGACUCCGCGUAUCAAGCGCAAUGGGAGCCGCCUGGCUCGCAGCAAAGCACGUUGACUACGAACUACCUCGAGACGAUUCCGCAUUCUGCACAGUUUUCUACACUUACCACCCGGAAAACAUGCUCAAUGGUAACGGGGAAAUUAAUGGCAAAACAUUCAAUGGGAAACUCAAUGGCAACGGAAUUGCCAAUGGUAAUAUCCACAAAAUCAACAAUCUGGCGGUCGCGGCCGGGGUGAUAGGUUAUUUCAGUUUGAAAGAGAGACUGGUGGCAGCGACUGUUGAUGAUGGUAAUAAUUUAAAAGGUAGAAGAGAACAGUUUAACUUUAUAGCUGAUGUGGUGGCCGUGUCGGCGCCUUCAGUGGUGUAUAUCGAGAUUAAAGACAGUCGGAGACUGGACCUGUUUUCUGGUCAACCAGUGACUUUGUCGAACGGUUCUGGGUUCAUAGUGAAGGAAGACGGGUUGAUAUUGACGAACGCUCACGUUGUGGUCAACAAGCCUAACGCUAUAGUGAAUGUACGGUUGAUGGAUGGUUCAAUUCACACAGGAUUCGUAGAAGAUGUAGAUCUAAAAUCAGACUUAGCAACCUUACGCAUCCCUGUAAAGGGCUUGCCAACUAUGAAACUAGGCUCUUCGGCAGAUAUCAAGCCCGGUGAAUGGGUAGUUGCCAUGGGCAGUCCUCUGGCUUUAAGUAACACAGUCACAGCUGGAGUAGUUAGUUCUACACAGAGAGCCAGUGAAGAGCUUGGUCUAAGAGGCAAAGACAUGGUAUACAUUCAGACAGAUGCACCUAUCACAUUCGGGAACAGCGGAGGGCCGUUAGUCAAUUUGGAUGGAGAGGCGAUAGGCAUCAACAGUAUGAAAGUCACAUCCGGUAUCUCCUUUGCUAUACCCAUAGAUUAUGUCAAGGAGUUUCUAGCUAAGAGGACGACGAAGUCUCCGCAAGUGUCGCGGCGGUACCUCGGCAUCACGAUGCUGUCGCUCACACCAAACAUACUCAUGGAACUGAGGAUGAGGAAUCCAGAGAUGCCUUCAGACAUAGAACAUGGAAUUUUAGUUUGGAAAGUAAUCAUUGGAUCACCAGCUUACAAUGGAGGCCUACAACCGGGAGACAUAGUGACAAGUAUAAACACGAAACCAGUACGGACAGCUAGCGACAUCUAUAUGUUACUUGAGAAAAUCAUUAUGUUAAUUAAGUGUCAAAAACAAAUGACCAUUUUAAUUUUAAACAUGUUAUAUUCCGUUUACUUUCGUAAAUUUGCAAAAUAUCUGAUGGACGAUAAAACUUAAUAGCUUAAUGAUUACGCUUUUGCGUAUUUAAUUUAUUUUGAGUAAAUAACAACAAUCAAAAUUAAAACCUGUUUUUGGUGGGUUUUUAGUUCAAUAAAU